UCUUCCAAUACUUAUAAACCCUAGCCGUUGAAAGAGCUAUACGCUUCCCUCUUCUUAUUUGGCUUGCUUCUUCUCCCACCGUUUUUCCUCUUUGAGCUUAUGCUUACAAAGCUCGGAAGAACCACAAGCUCUGCUCUAAUUGCAUUCGAGCCUCGUCAGGUCACGCUUGCAAAGCACAACAUGGCGAAGAAGCUCUCUUCCGAAACCCUAGAAAACAAUUCCACUGAUAAAAUCCUUACCGUAGACCAGAAGCAGAAGAAGAGUAAGAAGAAGAAAAGAAUGAAUUCAUCUGAUAGAGCUGUUCUUUUCCAUUCUAUUGCUGCUUAUCUCGAUCGUAAUGGAUUCUCUGAAACGCUAUCUGCUUUUCGAUCCGAAGUCCUAAGCGAGAUUGAGGAUCAGAAGGGACAUUCUUUGGAUUUGGAGGAGAUGUAUUACAAGUAUCUGGACUCUAGUGGAUGUCACAUAGAAGCAAGCACCAAUUGUUCCAAGGACCCAGAAAUUGCAGAUUUGCGAAAAGAUGGUGCUACUGAAAAAGUUGAGGGGGAGAGUAAUUUAGAUGUCUCCAUGGAGCUCACAAAGAAGAAGAGAAAGAAAAACAAUGAGGGUGGUGCAAAGUCAUCAAAUGAACAGCCUGUGGUGGGCAAAAAAUUAGUGGAUGAGUUAAGUACUCAUAUAGAUGUAAAAUCUAAAGGGAAGGUGAGGAAACACAAGCUAGAAGUUUCUGAGGAGCCUGCUAGUGAUACUUCUCAUGAACCACAGUCUGAUGUAUUGAAUAAAAGUACAAAAUCCAAAAAGAAAAAGAAAAGCAAGUUGAUCCCUGGAUCUCAUCUUGAGGAUAUUGAACAAAACCAAUCAGAAGCAUCACAUGAGGCAAUUAAAGAGAAAUCUAAAGAUUCGAUGUCCUCAAAAGACAAGACUGAACUGGAUCUUCAGGCAAAGGAUGAUAACGGAAUUGAUAUAAAGAAGAAGAGUUCCAAGAAAAGGAAAAGGUUGGUUUCUGAAGAAAGCAAAUCUCAAUCUGAUGAAGGAACAGGGAUUACAGAGGCUCAACUGACUAAAGAUGAGGGUUCGGAGGAGGACAAGGGAAGUCAACAACAUCCCAAGGAGGCAAAAUCUUCAGAGGCUGAUGAAAAUGCUACCAAAAAGAGGAAAACACAUAAUGGCCAUAUUGAUUCCAAUAAUUCACGGGAAAUGUCUGUUGACAAGCAACUUGGUGGACUUACCAGUGGGAGCUUUGUGAAGGAUGGUAGAGAACGAUCCACGGAGAAAACAAUCAAGAAACACCAGAAUGGUUCAGCUGAGCAGCCCAAGUCGGUUAACGCAUUUCAAAGGGUGAAAGUUGAAGAAGUGAAGUUCGUUGAUGAGAGGCUUCAGGAUAAUUCUUAUUGGGCAAAGGAUGGUGCAGAUACUGGAUAUGGUGCAAAAGCACAAGAAGUCCUCGGCCAGGUUAGAGGAAGAGAUUUUCGCCAUGAAAAGACGAAGAAGAAACGUGGCAGUUACAGGGGAGGGCAGAUUGAUUUACAAACCCAUUCAAUAAAGUUCAAUUAUUCUGAUGAGGAGUGAUGGGUGUCUGCUUCAGUGAGCUACAAAUUUUGUAAUUUUUUUUUUAUUUCCUUGCUGUCAAGCCUCAAGCGGCUGAGAUGGGAACUCUUAUUUCUCUUGUUUGUUGAUGCAAUACUUGAUUAUGUUCUGCUUAUUAUUAGAUUAUGAUUUUAUUUGGUGAACUAAAAAAUAUAUUCUAUACUUUUAUUUAGUCA